AUGAAACGUUUUCUUACCAGAAUCAACGCCAUCUUGAGCAACAUCCCAAGGGUCAGAAAACAGAACUCAUCCAACGAGUCCAACNGGCUGAGCAGUGGACGAUCCGGGUGUCGUUCUAUUAGAGGUUUUACGGUCGUCUUCCUUGCUCUGGCUAUGAUGGCUUGCCUCUCCAACGCAUGGACGAAUUUCAAAGGCCCGUGUAAAAUAAAUGCUGAUUGUUCACAGGCUAAAUGCCUCAUGGGAUUCUGUCAGCAAAUGCCAUUCCGUAAGUGCGAAACCACUGCCGACUGUCAAAAGGAUCAUCAAUGUAAUAGUGGAUUGUUAUAA